CCUGAACGCAAGAGUUGUUCAUGAAUUUGUAUUUUUAGCUAGUUAGCAUGUUAGCAUCAGUGUCGUCGUUAUAAAUUCACAACACUUCUUGCCCUUUUAUGGGUAGUGUUUGAAUAGUACAGAACCAUGUUAUUUAGACACAUAUUAUAAACGUGAAGCACGCAAGUGUAGUGCCUUUGCGCUGUUUUUAACGCACUAGUUUUGCUUGUUCGGGAUGUUUUUACCCUUAACAUGGAGACAAAAAGAUGGGAGAUUCCUAACGGCUUACUGGAUGACCUUUGCAGUCGCUUCAUUCUUCACAUCCCCAGCGAGGAGAGGGACAAUGCCAUCAGAGUCUGCUUCCAGAUCGAGCUUGCCCAUUGGUUUUACCUGGACUUCUGCAUGCAGAAUUCACCAGGAUUACCUCAGUGUGGGAUAAGAGACUUUGCCAAGGCUGUUUUUAAUCACUGUCCAUUCCUGCUGCCCCACGGAGAGGAUGUUCAGAAGGUUUUAGAGCAGUGGAAAGAGUAUAAGAUGGGUGUGCCGACAUUUGGGGCCAUUAUUCUUGAUGAAACGCUUGACCAUGUGUUAAUGGUCCAGGGUUAUCUGGCCAAGUCUGGCUGGGGUUUUCCUAAAGGGAAAGUCAAUGAAGACGAGGCUUUCCAUGACUGCGCCGUGAGAGAAGUUUUAGAGGAGACGGGCUUUGAUAUCCGAGAUCGUAUAUGCAAAAAGACGUAUAUCGAGCAGAGAAUUUUAGAUCAGUUGGCCCGAUUGUACAUUAUCCCGGGAGUUCCUAAAGACACCAAGUUUAACCCCAAGACCAGGAAAGAAAUAAGGAACAUUGAAUGGUUCCCGGUGGAUAAACUGCCGUGCCACAGGAACGACAUGACUCCUAAAUCCAAGCUUGGACUGGCGCCCAACAAGUUUUUUAUGGCUAUUCCGUUUAUGAGGCAGCUCAGAGAGUGGAUCGCCAAACACAAAGGAGAGUCGACGAGCAGCGAUGAGGAUUUUGCGUCCAAUGGCAGCACACCAUGCAAACCAUUCCGCUCAAAGCCCAGAAAAUCUCAGAUGUUGGUGGAAGCGUCUCCAGUAUCGGCUGACAGCUGGGCAAAGCAGAAACCACAGAAAGCUGCUGGACAAACCUCCCAGAGUGAGCUUGUAGACAUGCUUAAACCCAAGAAUAAUGUGAAAGGCAAUGGCAAGAAACACCAAGAGUCUCCAACCCUGAAGAAACGAGCUAAUGGUGUCAGUCAGCAGCAGAAAGAUGACAAGAAACUUCAGCCAAGGCGACUGCAGGAUAACUUUGACACAGACGCAGCUGCUGAUGGCUAUAAUGGACAGGCAGACUUGUGUUGUGAAGAAUAUGAACACAUCCUCUCCUCACGCUCCUUUCUCAGCUUCAAAUUCGACAGGGAGGCCAUCAUGAAAACCUGCUUUGAGUCCUGAAGAUCUGUCUCUGCUUUUUAAAAGAUUUGAUGCAGAAGAUUUUGCUUUGGAUCUUCUGCCCUGUGAAACCUGUUAUUGGAGAGGCAUUGUGUGUUGGACCAAGAUUAAAGAUAUAUCAAAAUAUUCCUUUUUACACACACUAAUGUCAGUUCCUAUCAAUCUGGAUCUGGAAUGCUGUUAGCUUGAGUUCUUUGUAGACUUCAUAUUUUAUGCUAAAACUUGUGCCCAAUCAUGAGGGCAUCAAACAUUUGUGUCUCUAAAGAAGUUGUUCUUGGUAAACUUGCUCUUAGUGAUCUGUUAUGAAACUGGUUUGUCUAAAACACAUUUAUCAAUAAUUUGGUUCAGAGCCCUUGAAGUACUCUUGUUUCAUUGUGAACAAAUGUUACAAUAAUAAUCAGUCCAGCUGUGUGUUGAAUUUCUAUGGCUGAAGUCAUCUCAGUAUUCAUUGUUUGCUGUUUUUGCUGUGUUUUUCUUACAACCUUGCAAUUCUAAGAAGCUGUUCAGAAAGCAUGCUUUUAGAACGUCACAUGACUGGUACUGUA